AACAGGCGUAUGAGUUGCGAGGCUGUAUGGCUGUAAUUUUGUGAUGGACAGAUGAAGUAUUCCCUCCUCCCAUUCUCCUUCGAAACUCUCCCUCUCCCCACAAAACGUCCUCAAAACCCUGCAAAGCUGCUCAUAUCCCUCAACUCCCAACUCUCAAGCCUCACUAACUCCCACCAGCACUCUCGAGCUCUCCUCCUCUCCACCCAAAUCCACUCCUCCCCCUUCAUCUCCCCCGACCACUUCACUCUCUCCAGCGCCUUCAAAUCCUGUGCCCACCUCCGUGCCCACAUUCUUGGUUCCCAGCUCCACUCCCUCGCGGUUCGAACAGGCCUUGUAUCCUUCUCUCACGUCGCAAACUCUCUCCUCUCCUUCUACUCAAAAACCCAUGCGCCUGAUGUCGCUCGAAAGCUCUUUGAUUCGAUAGCAUACCCUGAUGGUUACUCUUACACCACUAUGCUCUCGGCGUAUGCCAAGAGCGGUCAGUUUGAGAGAGCUCUUCAACUGUUUGAUGAAAUGCCUGAAACAAGCACACCGGUUUGGAAUGCGAUGAUAACAGGGUACAUUGAUCAUGGGUAUCGAGGUUGUGCUUUUGGGUUUUUUGUUAGAAUGAAUCGCUUGGGAAUUGGGUUCGAUCGAUAUACUUUUGCUAGUGUCUUGAGCAUUUGUGAUUCGGUGGAGUUUGUGGGUUUCGGGCGCCAGGUUCAUUCAUUGGUGAUAAGAAGCGGGUCUGUAGAGUUAAGUGUUACGGUGGUCAAUGCAUUGGUGACGAUGUAUCUUGAUUGUGAAGCUGUUGAGGAAGGGGUUAGUGUGUUUCGAGAAGCAAAGAUACGUGAUGUGAUAACUUAUAAUGGUAUGAUUGCGGGAUUUGUGAGAUGGGAAAGAGAAGAGGAUGCUCUCUUGGUGUUUAAGGAGUUGAUAGGAGAAGCUUGUUUAAUACCCACAGAGCUAACCUAUGUGAGCAUUAUGACUGCUUGUGCGUCUAAGGAAAUCAGUGAGCAAGUCCAUGGUCAAGUAAUUAAGGUGGGUCUGGAAGAUUCACUAUUGGUGUGCAAUUCUGCAGUGGCUAUGUAUUCAGAUUCUGCAAAUUUGAUCAGCGCUAGACGAGUAUUUGAUAUGAUUUACGAUAAGGAUGUUGUAUCUUGGAAUUCUAUGGUAUCAGGGUACAGUCAACAAAAUUUGCAUGAGUCCGCAAUCAAACUAUAUUGCGAAAUGUUGAACGAAGGGACUGAACCAGAUGAAUUCACUUAUGGGAGCCUAAUAGCGUGUUUACCAGCUGCAAAGCACGCAGAAAUGGUCCAUGCCAUAGUUGUACAAAAUGGGUUGAUCGCAUUCAUUGAAGUUUGUAAUUCUCUUAUAUCGACAUAUGCUAAGUGUGAAGAUAUGGGGAGUACGCAGCGGAUUUUCAUUGAGACGUCUUUCAAGAAUCUUAUCUCUUGGAACUCAAUUAUUUCCGGAUAUAUGCUGAAUGGAUUGCCUAUGGCAGGCUUGCAGUCUUUUUCUAACCUUCUGAAUUCAGGAAAUAAGCCAAAUUCCUACACACUGAGCACUGUUCUAAGCACUUGUGCAACUAUCUCAACUCUGAGAUUUGGCGAACAGAUACAUAGUUAUAUUCUUAAAUCUGGUUCUGAUUGUGAAAUAGCCUUGGGAAAUUCUCUCAUUACAAUGUAUGCAAAAUGUGGAGACUUGGAUUCAUCUUCCAAAGUUUUCAGAGGAAUGAGCCAAAGAGAUCUGGUUUCUUGGAAUGCGAUAAUUUCUGCCUAUUCACAGAAUGGCGAUGGGCACGAAGUAGUCCAUUACUUCAGAGUGCUGCAAAAAGAAGAGAUUUUGCUUGACCAUGCCACCUUCACCACUGUUCUCUCUGCCUGUAGCCAUGCUGGUUUGGUUGAAGAGGGCCAUUUAAUUUUCUCGUCCAUGAUCAAAGACUAUGACAUAGAACCGCAACUGGAUCAUUAUUCAUGUAUGAUUGAUCUUUUGAGUCGCGCUGGACAUUUAAACGAGGCUGAAAGUUUGAUUGGUAGCAUGCCAUAUGGGGCAAAUUCUCAUAUUUGGUGGGCAGUGCUGAGCGCUUGUAGCACUUAUGGUAAUGCGAGGCUGGGGAGAACGGCAGCUGGAUUUCUUUUGGAGAUGGAACCAGAGAAUACAGCAGUUUAUGUUCUUUUAUCAAACAUAAAUGCAGCUCAGGGAAAUUGGGAAGAAGCAAGUAGCAUAAGAGAACAAAUGAGAAAUAAAGGUGUUGUGAAAAAGCCUGGAUACAGUUGGAUUUGAAUCAGAGAAUAAUUUCACUGAAGUAUCUGAAAGAGUCUAGAGCGUGUGACCUGAUGCAAUGAUCAUGUAAUGUUGGAGAAAGAGCGGAAUAGCGGGGAAAACGCCUAUAACAACCUAAGACGCAACUAGCAGAGAGCAAUCAUACAGCCAAUUCUGAUGGGGCAGCUUGCAAAUUGAUCCGAGUUAAGUGAGCAGUUGAUUGAAUAGACACCCAGCUGUCAGAUGUGUAUUGGACUUCUGGACUGAACCAGAUCUACAGUGUGAAACGUUGCAUUAUUUAUGAUGGCUCAGACAGAAUGAGUGAGCAGUUUCAAAGCUCGGAG